AUGGCCCAAAUCGCCUCCACCUGUGAGGCCGGCACAAUCAUCACAUUGAACGCAUGGGUCGAUCCUUCCAACUGUGAAAAAUACCUCAAGCUCUUUGAACCCAUUGCUGCAGAACUCCGCAAACACCCGGAGAACCUCUUCACUGCAAUCUGCGUGAACCCAACCGAUCCUGGUCACAUAAGGAUAGUGCACGGUUGGAGCAAAGACUCUGCUUGGUUUUUUGAGACUUUUGUGAAUGGUAACGAGUCCUUUCAAAGUUUCAAUGCGGAGACGGCUCCGAUGUGGAUUAAGCCUCGUGUGAUUGAGCAUUUUGAUCGAUAUGUUGAAGGGUAA